GUCAUACAAAAAAUCUUGUUGUCGUUUGAGAAUAUAGAGAAAGAUAAUUAUAGUCGCAUCUAAGAAUCAUGUACUGGUAUGAUGCCGUUCACAUCCAUGUCUUGUUCUUCGUCAUGUACAUAUAAUUUGAAAGAGUAGUGUUGUCUGCGACAUCUAUCGUUUAUUCUUGUGGAGUGUUGGAGUGAUUUCCUUCCUAGUGAGUGCUUGGCUUGCUACCACCUUUUUAGAAAUCACAUAAAGGCAGGGUAAUGCGGGUGUUUCCUGUUCCAUUCUCAGAUACUGCGAACAGCAAACACCCUACAUUGUCCCACGCCGAGUUUACAGUACAGGAGUUAGUACGAUCUGAUUCAAGUUAGUAGUCAUGUAAUCGACGAUGUGGUUGGCUAUAGACUUGGAGGCAGUUAUAGCUACAAAAAACCAAUCUCUAUAGUGUGGGUGCCACCCUGACUUAUUCAAAUGUGAUUGUAUGAGAGUAUCUUUCUUAAACUAUCACUCAUACUUACAUGUUGGAUCUUCGAGUGAGAGAAGCAGUGUAAUGAAAUCAUGCUUUUGCCAUUCCGAGGAGUACUGUGAGAAGAAACUUGAUAGUAGAGAGAAGUUAUCCGACUGUGAGUGUUCUGACGAUGACACAAAGGUUUUGUGUACGAGAACGGACGGAGAUGGAGCAUCAAUAUAUUAACGAUCUCUUUUCACUGGUGAAUGUGAUGUGUUGUUCACGAAAGGAGAGACUCUUUCGAAUUAUCAAAGCUUUUCCUAGAGUAGACCAUACUUCUUGACAAUGGGUGGGCACUUUUUGCUAAUGUUCGUCGCUGCAGCGUUAUUUCCCUGUAGACGGUGACGCCAUGUGUUGUCCCUAAGUGAGGUAAUCUUCCUUACAUGUAAAGUAAAAGUAUCCGACAAAUAGAAUUUAAAAA